AUGCUGUUGCUGAAUAUCCACUGCAGAGGCAAGAGAGGAGAGAGCAGGAGAGGGGAGAGCAGGGGAGGGGAGAGCAGGGGAGCACAUCCCCCCUUUCCCCUCAUCCCCCCUUUCCCCUCACCCCCCCUUUCCCCUCAUCCCCCCUUUCUCCCCAUCCCCCCUUUCCCCUCACCCCCCUUUUCCCCUCACCCCCCCUUUCCGCUCACCCCCCCUUUCCCAUCACCCCACCUCUCCCCUCAUCCCCCCUUUCCCCUCAUCCCCCCUUUCCCCUCAUCCCCCCUUUCUCCUCAACCCCCCUUUCCCCUCACCCCACCUCUCCCCUCAUCCCCCCUUUCCCCUCAUCCCCCCUUUCCCCUCAUCCCCCCUUUCCCCUCACCCCACCUCUCCCCUCAUCCCCCCUUUCCCCCCUUUCCCCUCAUCACCCCUUUCCCCUCAUCCCCCCUUUCCCUUCAUCCCCUCUUUCCCCUCAUCCCCCUUUACCCCCCCCCCUUCCCCCUCACCUCCAGCUCGCACAGGCGGGGCAAGGGGGGAAUGCAGCAGAGGCAGAGCAAGGGGGGAAUGCAGCAGAGGCAGAGCAAGGGGGGAAUGCAGCAGAGGCAGAGCAAGGGGGGAAUGCAGCAGAGGCAGAGCAAGGGGGGAAUGCAGCAGAGGCAGAGCAAGGGGGGAAUGCAGCAGAGGCAGAGCAAGGGGGGAAUGCAGCAGAGGCAGAGCAAGGGGGGAAUGCAGCAGAGGCAGAGCAAGGGGGGAAUGCAGCAGAGGCAGAGCAAGGGGGGAAUGCAGCAGAGGCAGAGCAAGGGGGGAAUGCAGCAGAGGCAGAGCAAGGGGGGAAUGCAGCAGAGGCAGAGCAAGGGGGGAAUGCAGCAGAGGCAGAGCAAGGGGGGAAUGCAGCAGAGGCAGAGCAAGGGGGGAAUGCAGCAGAGGCAGAGCAAGGGGGGAAUGCAGCAGAGGCAGAGCAAGGGGGGAAUGCAGCAGAGGCAGAGCAAGGGGGGAAUGCAGCAGAGGCAGAGCAAGGGGGGAAUGCAGCAGAGGCAGAGCAAGGGGGGAAUGCAGCAGAGGCAGAGCAAGGGGGGAAUGCAGCAGAGGCAGAGCAAGGGGGGAAUGCAGCAGAGGCAGAGCAAGGGGGGAAUGCAGCAGAGGCAGAGCAAGGGGGGAAUGCAGCAGAGGCAGAGCAAGGGGGGAAUGCAGCAGAGGCAGAGCAAGGGGGGAAUGCAGCAGAGGCAGAGCAAGGGGGGAAUGCAGCAGAGGCAGAGCAAGGGGGGAAUGCAGCAGAGGCAGAGCAAGGGGGGAAUGCAGCAGAGGCAGAGCAAGGGGGGAAUGCGAGCAUCACCAACCAACCCUCACACCCUCUCCCAUGCGAGCAUCACCAACCAACCCUCACACCCUCCCCCAUGCGAGCAUCACCAACCAACCCUCACACCCUCCCCCAUGCGAGCAUCACCAACCAACCCUCACACCCUCCCCCAUGCGAGCAUCACCAACCAACCCUCACACCCUCCCCCAUGCGAGCAUCACCAACCAACCCUCACACCCUCUCCCAUGCGAGCAUCCCCAACCAACCCUCACACCCUCUCUCAUGCGAGCACCACCAACCCUCACACCCUCUCUCAUGCGAGCACCACCAACCCUCACACCCUCUCUCAUGCGAGCACCACCAACCCUCACACCCUCUACCAUGCGAGCAUCCCCAACCCAGAGCCUCCUCGUGUGACGAGCCUGUAUUUGACUCAACUCAAAAACAGACGCAUCACUAACCCUCACUCACACCCCCUCACAUGCCGGCAUCAUCAUAGCCUCUUCUCAUGCUCCUCCCCUCGUCCACGCCUGCAUCACCAACCCCCACUCCCUCUCCCUACCUUGCUGGUUACUUAG